AUGUUUACAUUUUUAAUAUCUGACAUUGAUGUAAGCAUUCAUAAACACAAAGCGUUUAAAGCUUCACUUUUGUCUCCUGCUCGUGGGGGUUCAGAUUCUCUACCUUAUGGACCUGUUCAUGGAGCCAAGAGAGAGUCUGGGUACCAUCAUAUACUCCAAUCAUAUAAUCCUGGUCACACUUCUACUCCUGCUCCCUAUGCUUCACAGAGAGUGGACUACAAGACUCCUAUUGACUAUCGAGUAGACUACAAAACUCCCAUGGCCUAUCCAGUGGAAUACAAGCCUUCAAUGGACUAUCCAGUAGACUACAAGACUCCAAUGGACUAUUCAGUAGACUACAAGCCUCAAAUGAACUAUCCAGUUGACUACACGCCUCAAAGGACUAUCCAGUAAACUACAAUCCUCCAAAAAAAUUAUCCAGUAGACUACAAAACUCCCAUGGAUUAUCCAUUGGCCUACAAGCCUUCACUGGAUUAUCCAGUUGACUACAAGUCUCAAACGGACUAUCCAGUUGACAACAAGUCUCAAACGGACUAUCCAGUAUAGACUACAAAACUUUGAGGAUUAUCCAGUGGUCUACAAGGCUUUAAUGGACUAUUCGGUAGACUACAAACCUCCAGUGGACUAUACAGUGGACUACAAGCCUCCAAUGAACUAUCCAGUAGACUACAAAAUUCCAGUGGAUUACUCUCAGCCACACCAUAAUAAAUCCACAAAUUAUACUUUUGAUUAUCAGCAUCCCAAUGAUUAUUAAUAUCCAGAGGUUUAUCAACAACGUCCAUUGGUUUAUAAACAGCGGCCUCAAGUUUAUAAACAGCAUCCAGAGGUUUAUAAACACCAUCCAGAGGUGUAUAAACAGCUUCCAGAUGUUUAUGAUCAGCAUCCAGAGGUUUUAUGAUCAGCAUCCAUAGGUUUAUGAACAACAACGAAAGGUUUAUAAACAACUAAAGGUUUAUGAACAACAACCGGAGGUUUAUAAACAAUUUCCUGAGGUUUAUCAGCAACAUCCCGAGGUUUACUAACAACGCCCUGAGGUUUACCAAAGACAUCUUGAAGACUACACCCCUCUAAACCUGUUUUACAAAAAUUAGAACACUGUCAAAAUUACCAAUUGAAGCCUUUUUUUAGUUUAUUGUGUAAUUUUAUUUAUAAUAAUAAAUUUUAUCCGAACAAAUA